UUAUUUUGGAAAUUCAGUUGUACAUAUCUACGUGUCUUUUUCAUGUGCUAAAAGACUUUCUUGUUCCUUUUCUUUUUCUUUCAUUUAGAGAGAAUUUCAUAUCACAGAUGAAACUAAGAAAGAAGUUGUCUUAAAGAGUUGUGAUAAGCGUUGGAGGGAAUUCAAAUCAAGAUUGACGACUGGUUGGAUUCGGGGUACAAGGAAAAGGCCAAAAGAUGAAAAGAUGCCAUAUGAUUUGUAUAGUUAUAUAACUAAGGAUAUAUGGAAGGAAUUUGUGAAGAUACGUACCUCCGAAGAAGCUGAGGAAAUAAGUGAGAAAGCAAGACAAAGUCAAUCUUUCAACAUAUAUCCUCAUCAUAUGGGACAGAAAUCAUAUGCUGAAAUGACAAGUGAAUGGCAGAGAAAAGGGUACAUUCCCUCAGUUUCUUCGUCAUCUGAAGGUUCCUCUGCGUCUACAAUUUCUUCAAGUUUGCCGAGUAGGACAUGUUUAUGGCUUCUUGCAAGAUCGGUACCAGAUGAGAAAGGAAAUCCUUACUUGCCGGAUGAGGGCACACAAAAGGUCAAAGAAAAUAUUGAUGAAUGGAAAAGGAAACAAGAUGAAGGGGAAUUUGUUCCCAAAAGUGCACGAGAUGAUGUCUUAUCUCGUGCACUUGGUAAGACUAAAGAAGGGAGACCACUAACAUUUGGUGGUGGAGUAGGCAUCAAAGCUGUGUGGGGGACCGGAGAGCGGCGUAGCUUUCGACGGUAUGGAGAUGCGGAGAUGGAGGAAAUGGAAGCAAGAGUGACCAAAAGGGUCAAAGAUGAGACAAUACAAGAGAUGAACUCCAAGAUGGAUGCCAUGGUCAUGGAGAAAUUUAUCACAUUUGCUAAAGAACUUGGUGUCCAAAUACCAAGCCAUAUGAGGAUAGACGCAAAUGUUCAUAGUAGUUGUCGUUCCGGGGGUUUAGAUCCAUUUGCCGACAUUACGGUAUGAUAAUUUGUGUUUUUC